UGGGGACUACUCCAUCACGCGGGAUAUGUAACGUAUCCUCAUCACGACUGUGAAGGAACAUUGACGUGGGUGAGAAUGGAGGCUGGUUUGAAGUUUUGGGCGAUAUUCAGGUUGAAAUCAAGAAGCACCGAUCGUUCUCACCUGCAGGAAAUGGUAAUGCGACUGGUCAAUUACAUGUGGAACAUUAAAUGGAUCAAAGAGAACUGCGACGGCGAGGUGAUCACUCUCGUACCAGGCGAUCUAUUGAUCCUUCCUCCUGGCACUGUGCAUGCCGUCUACACACCAGUCCCUUCAGUUGCUACAGGUGGUCAUUUUUAUCAUUAUUCUUGCAUGCACCUCACAGAACUCGCGCGCUACAUGGAUGCCGAAGUCGGGCAUUGUACAACCAACCAGAAUCUCAAUCAUGCGUCGGAGACCAUUCGUCGAAUGGUGCUUGCGAUU